AUGCCAUCAACAAGUUGUGUUUCUUCAACGCUCACUAAAUUGAAUAUUAAUGUCGAUACUUUUGAUGAUUGUCUUUAUAUUCUUGAUGGGCGUCUUGAUUCUUUAUCUAUAUUGAUCAUUAAUAUUCGUGAAAUUUCCACUCCAUUAUCAAAUAUUGAUAAUACAAAACAACUUCGCAAACUCAAAUGUUUUUCAUUACUUGCUUAUAGUCGAACAUAUUUUUAUGACAGUCGAGUUGUGCCAUUACUCUGUCGAAUGUCCAAUCUUGAAGAAUUAACACUAUAUCUAGCGAUAACAAGAAUUGAAUCGACUUAUAUUGAUGGUACUCAUUUAUAUGAUGGAAUUCUUAUUCAUAUGCCACGAUUAACCAAAUUUAAUUUCUGUAUAAAUACUCUUGUUUUCAAUAAAGAUAUAAUUAAUCUUCCAUCAAACAAUGAUAUUCAACAUAGUUUUGUCAAAAGAGGAUAUCAACAAAUUGAUUCAUAUACUCACAGGGAAUCAGAAAAAGGAAGUACAUGCCAUAUCUAUUCACUUCCAUAUCAAUUUGAUUGUUUCUAUGUGAAUUGUCAUUUUCACGGUGGUAUAUUUGAUAAAGUUCAGUGUGUGAUGAUGGGUGAAAUAGAACAUCCUUUUGAACAUGAACUUUUUCAAAUCAUCUCUCAUUCUUUUCCUUUUCUUCAUACACUAGUUAUAUGUAAUUAUCAACCACAAAAAAGAAAACAACAUUCAUCUACAAUCGUCACCUUUCCUUAUCUUCGUAGUCUCGAUCUUCAAAGGACAAAUGUUGAUUAUGGUGCUCAAUUUCUCUGUGACACAAAAAUUCAUCUGCCUUCUUUGUUGAACCUGAUAAUUACUUAUGAAUCACUAGCAAUGAUAACAAACAACUUUACCAAUGAUAUGACACGUCUCACUUGUGCUCGUUUGCAACGUCUUAUUAUAUGUGGCUCGUAUGUUCUUCCAGAAAAUUUUCAUUUAUAUUUUCCUUCGUGUUACAUGUAA